AUGUCGACGAGCUCGCCGCCGCACCCGCCGCACCCGCCGCACCCGCCGCACCCGCUGGCCCCGCUGUUGCGGCAGGAGUGCAUCGCCGCGCGCGACGCCGUCGUCGGCCUCCACGGCGCCCGCCAGUCGCUCUACUUCCGCGCCGUCCACCUCGACGAGCCGCGCAAGGCCGACCUGGUCCCCUUUCUCGAGGCCGAGCAUGCCGCCGCCGCCCUGACCGGGGGCCACCGUGAGCCGCCCGCCCGCCCGCCGCGCCAGGCCAUUGUCGAGUACGACGUCGUCGACGCCGGGUCGCGGCCCGUCCACACCCGCGCCGUGGUGGACCUCGGGACCGGCCGGGUCGUGGCGCGCCGCUCGGCCGAUGAGUUUUCAUACCCGUACUUUACCGUCGGCGAGUUUGGCCAGUGCGAGGCCAUCGUCGUCAACUCGCAGCUCUUCAAGGACGCCAUGGCCGGCUUUGCCCUGCCCGACGGCUUCCGCAUCACCGUCGACCCGUGGCCGUACGGCGGGACCGCCGACCAGAACCCGCGCUACAUGCAGGGCCUCGUCUUCGCCCGCGACGCCUCGCGCAACAACCCAGACACCAACCACUACGCCUACCCGAUCCCCAUCAUCCCCAUCAUCGACUGGGUCUCGCAGCAGGUGAUCCGCAUCGACCGCCUGGCCACGGGCGGCUCCGGCGACGCUCUCGAGCCGGAAACGAAGACGCGGCAGCAGCAGCAGCAGCAGCCCAAACCGCUGUUUACGCGCUCGCGGCCCGCCGAGCCCCUCAACGUGGUCCAGCCCGAGGGCGCGUCCUUUGUCGCCCACGCCGACGGCCUGGUCGAGUGGCAGCGGUGGCGCUUCCGGCUCGGCUUCACGCCGCGCGAGGGCGCCGUGCUGCACGACGUGUGCUUCGACCACCGGCCCGUGGCAUACCGCCUCAGCUACAGCGAGCUGACGGUGCCCUACGCCGACCCGCGCCCGCCCUUCCACCGCAAGCAGGCCUUUGACUUCGGCGACGGGGGCGUCGGCCGCGCCGCGAAUAGCCUCAAACUCGGCUGUGACUGCCUGGGCGCCAUCCACUACUUCGACGCCUGGCUGGCUGCGCCCGACGGCUCGCCCACGCGCGCCAAGUCGGUCGUCUGCCUGCACGAGCAGGACGCCGGCCUGCUGUGGAAGCACACAAACUUCCGCACCGCCCGCGCCGUCGUCGCCCGCGCCCGCGAGCUCGUCGUCCAGUUCGUCUGCACCCUGGCCAACUACGAGUAUGUGCUGGCCUUCAAGCUCGACCUGGCCGGCGCAAUCACCCUCGAGACGCGCGCCACGGGCAUCGUCAGCGUCGUCGCCAUCGACGACGGCAAGACGAGCGACUACGGCAACGUCGUCGGCCCCGGCAUCCUCGCCCAGAACCACCAGCACAUCUUUGCCGCCCGCAUCGAUCCCGCCAUCGACUCGUACCGCCCGGGCGACUCGCGCGUCGUCGUCGAGGAGAGCCGCGGCGCAAAGAUGGACCCGCAGAAGAACCCCUACGGCAACCUCUACAAUGUCUGCCGCACCCCCGUCGACCGCGCCACCUGGGUCGAUGCCGAGCCGCGCCUCAACCGGAUGCUGCGCCUCGAAAACGCCCACAAGAAGAACGAUUUCUCGGGCAAAAACGUCGGCUACAAGCUCGUCGCCCCGGCCACCCAGAUGAUGCUGGCCGACGAGGACAGCGUCCUGGCCAGGCGCGCCCCCUUCGCCCGGCACGACGCCUGGGUCACCGGCUUCCGCGACGGCGAGUUCUGGGCCGCCGGCGAGUUCACCAACCAGAGCUGCGGCGAGCAGCGCGGCGUGGCUGCCAUGGUCAAGCGAGGAGACUGGUUCACCGAGGCGGGCGAGGAGGCGAGCAACGGGGCCUCGGCCGAGGCGCAGCAUCGCGGCCAAGGCGACGACGCUGGCAGAAGAAGCAGUCCCGUCGUUUGGACAGUGUACGGCCUGACGCACAACCCUCGGGUUGAGGACUGGCCGGUCAUGCCUGCCGAGGUCCAUCAGAUUCACCUGCGCCCUGCCGACUUCUUCACCCGCAACCCGGCGCUCGACGUCCCGUCCAAGCGCAACGAGGCCAGCGUUCUAGUCCCCUGCUGCGGCGCCACGGCCGCUUCUGCGGACAGCGGGGACGACAAGGGCGCCUCCGUGCAGGAGAACCCCCUGAGCCACCGGCAGGGUUCGGGACCGGGAGCUGACGCCAAAGAUGUCGGAGCCCAUGUCACGGACGAGGCGGACAAGAGUUGA